GAUUUAACUAAAGAUAUGGUAACAGGCAAUACUAUUAUUAAAUGCUAUACUUAUACAAAUAGAGCAGCUAGUAAAGAUUAUAUUAGAGCAACAAGCAAUUAUUAUAAUAAACCAUUAUUUAGUAAUAUAUCAAUUAGUGUAGAUAAAAGUAAAGAGUUUAGAACUGAUAAUGGAACUUGUUUUUGCAAG